AUGCGUCCACCAAACAGCUCUCUGCCCGCCAGAGAUGCUUGGCGAACCCUGGCUCACCAGCAGCGCCAGCUGCGCUUGCUGAGCUCGGCCGCCCUCAGCGCCAACAGCGCUUCUACAGCUACCGCAUCUACCUCAUCGGCGAGCUCUUCCUUCUUGCCCCUCAAAUUCACAUUCUCGGCGGCGCCUUCUCCUCCGACCAAGGCCAGAUCCGCUCGACGUCCAAGACCGCUGCUCGCAUUCGCCUACUCGACCUCCAACCCUGCACAUCCGCUUCCCGGCUCGAACAAUGAGAUCGAUCCCCAUGGAGUCGACUUCUCGCUCUUCGAGCCUGAAGAUGAGGUCUACGUCCAACAAGCAUCGUCAUCCACUUCAAAGAAGAGUGCGGACGGCGCAGUCCAGGCUGCGUCCUCCUCGAUUACAGCAGAGUCAACGGCGGCUCUCUCUCCGUCCACCCAGCUGCUAGCACGGCUCAUCCAGGAGGGAGAUUUCAAGGCAGCCACAACAGCACUCAACGAGUUCCAGUCUCUGGGCACGACUCUCAACGAGCCUCUGCCCGACUUCGCAGUCGCAGCGUUGUGGGCGAUCAAGCGCGGCAGGAGGCACGACAUGCUCAACUGGAUGCGUCUCUGCCCCGAGUACACGCCAAGCAUGAGAGACGUCGAGGCGAUAUCUAGCGUCUCGAGUGACCAAGAUGAUCCUACUGUGUCCUACAUCCGCAAGUGCUUUGUGGUCCUCCUCGAAGGGUACGGAGACGAACUGCAACUGCUGCAGCAGGCGAGCCUCAUAGCCGCCGAAAAGGGGCACUGGAGUGUGAUCCGGUCGUCUCUGGCCCAGAUUCUGCGGUACGGUAUCGGAGGUCUGCACGGCUCGGACGCUUCCCACUCCAUACUGGCCUGGCAGUACUUUAAGCGACUGGUGCAGGGUCACCAGGGCAGAAUGGCGCGGAGACCACGCAGCGCACGCGAAGAAGUGAGGCCAGCGCACCUCGAGCUGCGUGCUCUUUACAAUCUUGGCAUUCGCACACUUGCGCUUGCAGGGCGACUCGACGAUGCAAUCUCCUGGGCACAGCACAGUGCGCGAACAUCUCAUAGCUUCGAGGCGGUCGCGCACAUUGUCAGCACGUCCAACUUCACGCAGCGUCUGCUCUUCGAGGAGCUGUUUCGGGCGGGCGGCGAGUACGUCCAAAAGGCCUACUCGCUGGUCGAACUGCUUGCGUGCAGCUCCAAACGCGGAAGAAGGGCGGUAAAGGUGGCCAAUGUGGAUGAGAUCGUCAAGCGCAUCGCGCGCGAGACUGCAUUCUCGUUGGAAGCAGAAGGCGUCGAUACCGAGGCCGAACCAGGCGCAACACUGGAUGCCAUCUUGCAGACGCAUCUCGAUCAAGGCGAUGUAUUCGCUGCGAGAGAGCACCUCCUCUCUGUGUUGCGGAGUGCGGAAAAGGUGCGUCGCACCGACGACAGUCCAAUGCCAGAAGACUAUACCCCUGGCUCCAAAGACGGGGCUGUCUUUGCGCAUCUGCCGUCGGCACGCACGCUAUCGAAGCUACAGGACUUGGCGUACGGCUAUGGCACGGUACCCGUCCUCGUGUCGCUGACCGAGAGCGAUGUCGGGUCCACGGGCACGACGGAUGGAUCUCAAGCGUCCCCGUCGCAGGAGGCCGUGGGAGCCGACAAAUUCUUGUUGCCCGUCCGGAAGCGCCUACUUACAGUGCGUGGUGGCAAGGGCCUGUAUGAGACUGCUACGCUGUACGGCUUGAUCAAGAAGGCCAAGUGGAAGGCUGCGCUCGACUUUUACGUGGGCAGUAACGGCUUCAAGAUGCCGGCGGGAGGCAUCACCAGCGAGCUGAUCGCACUUGCACUCGCCCAGUCGCACCUACCGCAGUCGGAUCGAUCGGGACACGAGCUGCCUGCUCGACGGCUGCUGGGAAAAUACUGGCCUUCCACGCAUGCCAUCAAUCUGGUACUGCGUGCCGUGGUGGGUGUGUGCGUAGAUGCCAAGGACUACGCUCGUCUCCAACGCGUGUACGAGCUGUGGAAGCAGACGGCAUCGAGGAAGCGAAUGCCCGACAGCGAGCACGAGGGCGAGCGCGAGGGCGAGCAAAAGCACGCGCAAGAGCAAGGGCAAGAGCAAGAGCAGGAACCCGAGCAGGACCACGAGCACGAUGGAAGCGGAUCGUUGGUGUUCGAGCAAUGGCCGCCAUCGCAACCACCGACCAGCCGUACGUUCGAUGGCUUCAUCCGCGCAUUUGGCCGACUGGAAGUCGACAUUCCCGCCAGCGGCGUAGCCAGCGAAACGGAGUCCGAGACGCUGCCAGGACAGGUGGAGAAGCAGGCGUGGGGCUCUAGCCAGGCGGUGCUUGGAGUGAUCCGCGACAUGACCGAGACGUUUGGGGUGCAGCCGAGUGUUAGCUCGUGGACGAUUGCGCUCGAGUGUCUUGCACGCGAAGGUCGCGAACGCUGGAACACCACUACUUCGAUCCUGGCGCGGGCGGUAGGGAUCAACACGAUUUCGCCCCUCUCUGCGGCCGCUGACGAAGCAGAACCUGUACAGGUUCAGGGUGACUUUGCACCGGCCAACUUGGCGACAUAUACGGCGGUGGUGCGUGCACUUUUGCGCGUGUCGCAUGGCGAUGGAGGAAGCAUGGUGGAGGAGGCAGCAGCGGUGCGCGAUGAUCUGUUGGCACGUACGGUCGAUCUGGACCUCGCGGUUCAGAGCCUCGUUUUAUCCGAAAGGGAUGGUGGUGAGGAGGCAGAGACAUUCUGGAGCGAUCUGCUCGAUCGAUGGGAGGCGGUACAGCAGGCGGUAUCGCAACGCGGGACACCGGACGAAAGGCAACAAUGGCACGCACGCAAAAUGCUCAAGGCUAACGGAGGCCGUACAGUCGAGGCGCUACGCGAGCUGUGGCUGCUCGAGUCGACUCCAGAUACCCCACCUCAGACGUACUAG